AGGAGUAAAAGUGUGACUUUUUGUGGCAAGUCUGAAUGUUUGACGGCCGAACGUAGUGAGGCCGACAAUUUCAGACGCGCCACAAAAAGUGCUUUUACUCCGAAUAAAACAUACAAUUUUUUCCGCAAACGCUGUUCAAACGAUAGAAUUAAGGGAGUAUUCCUAAAAAGAUUGCAGCGCAUCUGUUAAAUGUUGAAAAAUUUAAAACUAGAUUGCUGUGGUUUGCGGUUGUUAUGGUGAAAGAAAAUUUUGACAAUUCAACAAAUUAAUUAUCGGGAACAUUCAAAGCCCUUUUGAACUGUGCGUUUUUGGUUACAUAUUAUGUCGGAUUCCGAACUUAACUGUACGCCGCCAGACGUUCUUGCAAUUGCCAAGACAGCUACGAACGAUUUAAUUCCAACGAAGUCAAGUAGAGUUUAUAAUCAUGCUUAUGAAAGAUUUCUCACAUGGUGCAAUGAGAAAAACAUUACAAACUAUUCUGAAAAUGUGCUACUAGCUUAUUUUUGUGAAUUGGCAACCAAUCUAAAAAUGAAGAGUUCAACAAUGUGGUCUCAAUAUUCCAUGAUAAAAGCAUUAUUAAAUCUUAAACAUGGAUUAGAUAUUAGCAAAUAUAUGAAGCUACGUGCUUAUUUGAAAAAGCAGAAUGAAGGCUAUACUCCCAAAAAAUCAAAGGUAUUCACAAAGGAACAGUUUGAAGAUUUUUUAAACAAUGCACCUGAUGAGCAAUAUUUGGGGAUUAAGGUUGUUUUAGUAAUAGGCGUAUCAGGAGCAUGUAGGUGCGAUGAAAUGGUGAAUAUGACAAUAGACAAUAUAGAGGAUUUAGGAUCUGUUAUUCAUAUAAAGAUUCCUGAUAGCAAAACUAAAAAGCCACGAUCGUUUACAAUUAUUGGUGAAAAAUACAUAAAUCUUUAUAGAAAAUAUACUUCCUUGCGCCCCCCCGCUAUGGAAAGCCGUCGAUUUUUCUUGAAAUUUCAAAACGGAAAAUGUUAUCGCAUGGUCAUGGGAAUUCAUACAAUUAGUAAUGUACCCAAAACAGUAGCAACUUUUUUAAAACUACCGGAUUCAAAACUUUACACAGGCCAUGCUUUAAGAAGAACUUCAGCUACAUUGCUGGUGAAUGGAGGAGCUGAUAUCACUUGUUUAAAGCGGCAGGGAGGUUGGAGGUCGAGCACUGUGGCUGAAGGAUACCUAGAAGAUUCUUUGUCUAAUAAAAAAGAAACCGCGAAAAAGAUCUUAAUGCCAAAUUCUUCGUCAUUGGGCCUGAAUGCAGCUUCCGAUGAGCGAAAUUCGGUGGACGUUGAUUUAACAGAUGUUGAAACGAGUAAGAAGUCAAAGGAAAUGUUAUUGGCUAACUCAUUCAACUCUACACAAAAUUCUAUUGAAUUAGAAGUCAAUAAAUCAGGAAGUGUGUUAAAUUUGUGCGGUGCAACUCUAAAUAAUUGUAAUUUCACAAUUAAUAUGUAAUUAUCGCUAAUAAAUCUCCAAAGUUCAACUACCUGAUGAUAUUUACUGUCUGUCAUGUCACUUUUUUCUCCGGCCGUGAGCGUACAAAAAAGUACUUUUUUGUACGCUCACGGCCGGAGAAAAAAGUGGAGUCUGUGAAAUCAAACUUCAACAUUAAGAACUGACAUUAAUAAAGUCGUCAUUUUUUUACGUUUGC